AUGACUGAUUUAGGAGGCAUCCAUGCCUUUUUCUCAGGAGCGAGACGCAACACAUUGCGGUCCCGCUCUUCCUGCGACGUGCCGACAGAAGCACUGGCACCUCGCUGUGAAGUGGUGUCGAUAGGAGAACCGACACCACCAUUAGCGCCUGAGUCUCGCGACCUCGAGCGCCUUCGCUUCGGCGAUGGUUCAUCUGAUGAAUCAGAUGAACCAUCGCCGAAGCGACGCAAAGCAUCGUCCAUGCCACGCUUGGCAGGCGGCUUAGAUUCAAUCGCCGUCGAUACGGAUCCGUCAUCCGUAUCAGGAGAGUACGAGGCACCGAGCUCGUACUCUGUGAAGACACGAGUGUCUUAA